GGCUUCCCAGGACACUCAACUAGCGUCCAACAAAGCAAGUGUCCUCAAGUGUCCUAAUAACCUUUAAAAUGGCUUGUUUCUGACGGGUGUAGUCUCCUGAACGACACGCAGAGGGGAACAAGAAGAAGAACUUCUGUUUUUUUUUUUUCUCCUAGGUUUGCGGAUGGAAAGCAUUUGGGAAUACAUCUUCCUCUCCUGUGCAACUGUGGUACCCUGAAAUCAGACUACAAAGGAGCUUGAGGUCGGACAUUGACUGAUUAUAAUGGAUACGUUCUUUUUAGAAGGGGCCCGUGUCUGGCUGAGACACAAAGAGCAGCUCCUCCCCUCCACUGUCAGCUCCUGUGAUGAUGCGUCCGUGGUCCUCGCUACCGACUAUGGAAAGGUGAUCCAUCUCCAGAGGGGAGAGCUGAGCAGAGAAAUGUUGUACCCCAUGCACCCCAGCAGCAUCCAUGGAGUGGAGGACAUGUCCACACUGGCAGAACUACAUGAAGCCGCCAUUAUGCACAACCUCUAUCUGCGGUACCAGAAAGACAACAUCUAUACCAACAUAGGCUCUAUCCUCGCAGCGGUGAACCCCUACAAGCAGAUAGCGGGCCUGUAUGAUGGCGCUGCAGUUGAUUUGUACAGCAAACACCAGAUGGGGGAGCUGCCUCCUCAUAUCUUCGCCGUGGCCAAUGAGUGUUACCGCUGCCUGUGGAAGAGACACGACAGCCAGUGUGUUCUCAUCAGUGGAGAGAGCGGUGCAGGGAAGACAGAGAGCACCAAGCUGCUGCUCAAGUUUCUGUCGGUGAUGAGCCAGAACUCGGCGGGCGCUCCCCCGUCAGAGAGGACCACCAGGGUGGAGCAGGCCAUCGUUCAGAGCAGUCCUAUCAUGGAAGCAUUCGGGAAUGCCAAGACCGUGUACAACAACAACUCCAGUCGCUUUGGGAAGUUCAUCCAGCUCCACUUCUCCCAGAAUGGAAACAUCCAGGGAGGCUGCAUCAUUGACUAUUUGCUUGAAAAGAACCGUGUGGUUAGGCAGAAUCCUGGAGAGAGAAACUACCACAUCUUCUAUGCGCUGCUAGCAGGGGCAGACAGAGACCACAGAGAUAUGUACUUCCUGUCAGAGGGCCCUGAGUCUUACCAUUACCUGAGCCAGUCAGGCUGUGUGCAGGACAGCAGUCUGGAUGACAAGCAGCUGUUUGACAGUGUCAUGGAAGCCCUGAAGGUGAUGGAGUUCACUGAAGAAGAGAUAAGAGACGUUUUCAAAUUGCUGUCUGCUGUCCUCCAGAUGGGCAACAUUGAAUUCAUGACUGCUGGUGGAGCUCAGAUCACUUCCAAAGGAGUGGUCAGCAAUGUCAGUGAGCUGCUGGGCCUGGACUCCUUCCAGCUGUCGGAGGUGUUGACCCAGCGCUCCAUGAUCCUCAGAGGAGAGGAGAUCUGCUCGCCUCUCACUGUGGAGCAGGCUGUGGACUCACGGGACUCGGUUGCCAUGGCGCUUUAUUCUCAGUGUUUCUCCUGGAUCAUAAUGAGGAUCAACCAGAAGAUCAAAGGGAAAGAUAACUUCAAGUCAAUUGGUAUCUUGGACAUCUUUGGCUUUGAGAACUUUGAGGUGAACCGGUUUGAACAGUUUAAUAUCAACUACGCCAACGAGAAACUCCAGGAGUACUUCAACAAGCACAUCUUCUCCCUGGAGCAGCUGGAGUACAACAGGGAGGGGAUCCAGUGGGAGGCCAUAGACUGGAUGGAUAAUGCGGAGUGUCUGGAUCUCAUAGAAAAGAAACUGGGCAUGUUGGCUCUUAUCAAUGAGGAGAGCCGCUUCCCCAAAGGCACUGACUACACCCUUUUGGAGAAACUGCAUAGUAGACACGCAACCAACCCCUACUAUGUGAAGCCUAGAGUGACUGACCACCAGUUUGGCAUCAAGCACUACGCUGGAGAGGUGCUGUAUGAUGUGCGCGGGAUCCUGGAGAAGAACAGGGACACCUUCAGAGACGACAUCCUGUUCAUCCUCAAAGACAGCAGGCUUGACUUCAUCUACGACCUUUUUGAGCGCGUGGGCAGCCGGAGCGGAGACGAGACCCUGAAGAUGGGCACGGCCCGCCGCAAGCCCACCGUCAGCUCCCAGUUCAGGGACUCCCUCCAUUCCCUGAUGGCCACACUAAGUGCUUCCAACCCUUUCUUUGUGCGCUGCAUCAAACCCAACAUGGACAAGAACGCCAGCCGGUUUGACCCCGUCGUAGUCCUAAACCAGCUGAGGUAUUCUGGGAUGCUGGAAACAGUGAAGAUCCGCAGGGCUGGAUUCCCUGUCCGCAGAACAUUCCAGGACUUCUACAGCAGGUACAAGAUGAUCCUGAAGAACAAAACCCACUCAGAUGAUGUGAAGGCGAGCUGCUUAGAGCUUCUCACACAACAUGACAGGGCUAAGAGAGAGUGGCAACUGGGGAAGACAAAGGUGUUCUUAAAAGAGGCCCUGGAGCAAAGGCUGGAGAAGGAGAGGGAAGAGGUGCGGCGCAGGGCUGGUAUGGUGAUCCGCGCCCACAUCCUCAGCUAUGUGGCAAGGAAGCAGUAUAAGCGGGUCCUGUCCAGCGUCAUCACCAUCCAGAAGAACUACCGCGCUCACUUCUGGAGACGGGUCUUCCUGCGCCUGCGCGUGGCCGCCAUUGUCCUGCAGAAACACCACCGAGGCCAGCUGGCCCGCUCGCUCUGCCGCCAGCUCAAGGAGGAGACGAGGAAGCGGAAGGAGGAAGAGGAGAGGAGGAGGAGGGAGGAAGAGGAGAGGAGGCGAGUAGAGGAGGAGGAGAGGCGGCUGGAGGAGGAGAGGAGACGGCAGGAGGAGGCGGAGAAGAGAAAGAGGGAGGAGGAGGAGGAGAAGCAGAGGCUGAUGGAAGAGGAGCUGAGGAGGAAGAAGCUCGAGGAGGAGGAGGAGUCGUUGAGGAGGGAGGAGUUGAGAAUGAAGAAGGAGGCAGAGGAGGAAAGGAACUCCCUGGUGCUGAACGGCGCUUGUCAGAAGAGGGAGCUGUCUCAGUCUCUUUCCUACAACCCCGGGCCAAGCCACGCCUCGGAGGAGGAAAGCCGUCAGAUGGAGGAGAUCCUGCGCCUGGAGAGGGAGAUUGAGCGUCUGCAGAAGCAGCAGGAGGAUGGUGUGUCCCUCCUUGGAGAUGUUUCCCGGGAGGAGCUUCGCCAGAGGAGAGACGCUGAGAUCUACAGACUGGAGAAGGAGGCCUCGCGUGUGGCCACCGAAUUCCUGGAGCUCCUGGACUUUGGGGGCUUGGAGCCGUCUCUCUCCAGUGAGGAGAACUUGCACGACCCGACUGAAUCCACGGCGCCUCUGGCUGAGGAGGAGGUGGACGAGGGCUUCCACGCUGAGGACGAGUGCAUUCCUUUGCCCGACUUCCCUCCGCCAGCCAAAGUUCCCCUGGAUCAGGAAAUAUUCCAAAGUAUUCCCCCUCCUCCGCCUGCCUUUGCAGAGGGACUGAUGGUCGCUCCCUCCUCCGCCUCCGCCCCCGCACCAGCGAAGGCCUCCCCUGUUACCUCCAACGGACUGAGGCAUGCUCCUGCUCCCACGCCAACUUCAAAGGCACUCACUGCCUCCACAGCCCCGGGCCCUUCCCCUGUCCUCACCAACGGAGACAGGCAGCCAUACCUGCGGGCCAGCAUGGGCUCAGACACCGAGCCCGUGAGCGAGGAGCCGUCCCACAGCAUCCUGCCGGACACAGAGUCGGACUACGAUCAGGAUGAGUACGAGGAGGCUCAGGGGAGCUCGGGGGCCAGCACCAACGAUGGACACGCUACAGAUGAGGAAGUAUUGCGGAAAUCAUCCUGCACCCAAAACAGCCUGGACUCCUUCCGAGGCAGCUCCGACUCGUUCAUUGACAGCGAUGAGGACAACGACGGCUAUGUGGACACAGAUGAGGAAGUUUCCAACGGGAGAGUGAAUCUGCUGAAUGGCAGUGGGCCUCCCUACUUCCACAGCUACCUCUACAUGAAGAGUGGUUUGAUGAUCCCGUGGCGUCGUCGCUGGUGCGUGCUGAAAGAUGAGACCUUCAUGUGGUUCCGGGCCAAACAAGACUCCCUCAAGUCCGGCUGGCUCUACAAGAAAGGCGGGGGAAUGUCAACCUUGUCCCGAAGGAACUGGAAGAUGCGCUGGUUUGUCCUGCGGGAGUCAAAGCUCAUGUACUUUGAGAACGACAGUGAAGAGAAGCUGAAAGGAACCAUUGACAUCCGUGCAGCCAAGGAGAUAGUGGACAACCAUGAGAAGGAAAAUGCACUGAACAUUGUGACGGAGGAGAGGACCUACCACAUCUAUGCAGAGUCCCCCGAGGACGCCAGUGGUUGGUUCAAUGUGCUGAGUCGGGUCCACAGCGCCAGCCCAGAGCAACUCAUGGAGAUGCACCAUGAGCAGGCCAACCCAAAGAAUGCAGUGGGCACACUGGAUGUGGGCUUGAUUGAUUCUGUUUGUGCGUCAGAUAACCCCGACAGACCCAACUCAUUUGUGAUCAUCACGGCCAACCGGGUGAUCCACUGUAACACAGACAUGCCUGAGGAGAUGCACCACUGGAUCGGUCUGCUGCAGAAACCCAAAGGAGACUCCAGGAUUGACGGACAGGAGUUCUUAGUCAGAGGCUGGUUGCAUAAAGAGAUGAAGUCAGGAGCCAAAAGUACCUCACUAAAGCUGAAGAAGCGCUGGUUUGUUCUGACCUGUAAUUCCCUGGAUUACUACAAGUCGUCGGAGCGUAACGCCUCCAAACUGGGAACACUGGUCCUCAACAGCCUCUGCUCUGUGGUGCAGCCGGAUGAGAAGGUCUUCAAGGACACCGGUUACUGGAACAUAAUAAUCCAUGGGCGUAAACACUCGUACCGUCUUUACACCAAAAUGCUGAAUGAAGCCAUGAGGUGGGCGUCUGCCAUACAGGGGGCUAUAGACAGCAAAGUCCCCAUUGAGACGCCGACCCAACAACUCAUCAGGGACAUCAAGGAGAGCAGUUUGAACGUGGAGGCUGUGGAGCAGACAUACUGGAGGAACCCCAUCCUGAGAUAUACCCAGCAUCCCUUGCACUCCCCUCUACUACCUCUGCCUUAUGGCGAUGUCAGCGUCCACUUGCAAAAGGAGAAGGGCUACGCCAGCCUGCAGGAUGAGGCCGUGAAAAUUUUCAACUCCCUGCAGGAAAUGGAGGCAGUGUCAGACCCUGUGCCAAUCAUCCAGGGAAUCCUACAGACCUGCCAAGACUUGCGGCCUUUAAGGGAUGAAGUGUACUGUCAGCUGAUCAAACAGACCAAUCACGUCCCCCAGCCCAAUAGUCCGGCCAAUCGUGCCCACUGGCACCUCCUGACUUGUAUGAGCUGCACCUUCCUGCCCAGCCGAGGCAUCCUGCGCUACCUCAAGUUUCACCUCAAAAGGAUUAGAGAGCUGUUCCCUGGCACAGAGAUUGAAAUGUUUGCCCAUUUCAUUGGUGAGUCUCUGAAGAAGACCAAGACCAGGGAGUUUGUUCCCUCCCAGGAGGAGAUCAUGGCUCUGCUUACCAGGCAGGAAAUGACGACCACAGUCUACUGCCAUGGAGGAGGCUCCUGCAAGAUCUCCAUCAACUCCCACACAACUGCUGGAGAGGUGGUGGAGAAGCUAAUCCGAGGCCUGGCAAUGGAGGACAGCAGGAACAUGUUUGCUCUGUUUGAACACAACAACACCAUCGACAGAGCCGUGGAGAGCAGGGUCAUCGUGGCCGAUGUUUUGGCCAAAUUUGAAAGGCUGGCGGGCAGUGAGGAAGCGGAGGAUGACGGCCAGUGGAAACUCUACUUCAAACUCUACUGCUUCUUGGAUGUGGAGAGCAUGCCUAAGGAAGGAGUGGAGUUCGCUUUCAUGUUUGAGCAGGCUCAUGAGAGUUUGACCAGUGGCCACUUCCCUGCCCCAGAGGAGACCCUGCAGCACCUCGCUGCUCUACGCCUGCAGUUCCUGCAUGGCGACAAAGCGCGGGUCAGCUGGAGCCUGGAUAGCGUUUACCCAGUGGGCCGCCUGCGUCACCGCAUUUUACAGUUUACCAAGGUGGGCGGAGCCUCGGGGCCGGGUCAGACAAUGGAGCGUCGGAGGACUAGCUUCCUGGAUGGCACCCUGCGCCGGGGGUUGAAGACGGGCUCAGUGAAGAAGCAGAAAAUGGAGGAGGAGCAGAUGCUGGAGAUGUGGAUAAAGGAGGAGACCUCUGCCACCAGGGCCAGCAUCCUGGAGAAAUGGUCCCGCCUUGCAGGUCUGGACCAGCACCAGGCCAUGCUCAAAUACAUGACCAUCAUCAAAGAAUGGCCCGGCUAUGGAUCCACGCUCUUUGAUGUUGAGUGCAAAGAAGGAGGAUUCCCUCAUGAGCUGUGGUUGAGCGUGAGUGCUGAAAAUGUGUCUGUCUACAAGAGAGGAGAGCCAAAGCCUCUGGAGACCUUCCCAUACGAACACAUCAUUUUCUUUGGUGCUCCACAGCCCUGCACCUACAAGAUCACUGUGGACGAGAGAGAGAUGUUCUUUGAAACACCACAGGUUGGAGAGAUCACAAAGAUCAUGAAAGCCUACAUAAACAUGAUUGUGAAGAAGCGGUGCAGUGUGAGAUCUGUUUCCAGCUACGGAACCAAUUGGAUCAGGUGAUGGACGGGACAGGACCCAUAAUGAACACAGCUACACCUGACCCAAAAGGAGGGGAAGACAGGAAGAACAAAUUGCCAUCAAAGCGACACUUCAGAUGUCUUUGAGCCUUUGACUGGCAGUACAGCAAAAUAGACAAACUCUUUUGAGAAAGACUGCUGUGUAUAGAGACACAAAAAAACAAUGUCCUCGCUGCUUAUUGCAAAUUCAGAACAUCUACACAAUUACAAGCUUUACUGCUAUUUUGACUGAGUAUCGUUUUCCUCCAUAUCGUCUCCAAACUGAAAAAGAAAAAAACAAAAACAAAAACAAAACAAAACAAAAAAAACAUCCCCUCCGCUCAUGUUAUUUACACUGGUCAUUUCAAACCUGUUGCUUCAAAUGUAUUUUAGGCAUCAGACAUCUUUUCAAGGAUGUUGUUUAAAUCUAAAUAUUCAGGGAAAGAUGAGUGAGCAUGCAUGCUUUUCCUCAGCAAAGUCCAGUUUGUCAAACCAGAAAAAAACAAUCACACCUAAAUUCAAAUCUAAGUCCAAUUUCCAAAAAAAAAGGUUUUCUUUCCAACCCACAGCCCAAAUAACUGCUUAAAAUAAUAUGUUGAAGCUACAAGUAAAGUCUGAAUGAGUUGAACAUGGUUUGGCACCCUUAUUCAAGUAUUUUUUUUUCCUCACAGAAUAUGAAGGCGCCUUGUUAUGAAUGUUCUCCUGAAUGGAGAGUCCCUCAGGUUAAUGGGAAAUGUAACUGUCACGAUACCAGGGAGUUAAUCUCCCUCAUCUUGCCUUAUAUGGGUUUGACUGCUUUUUGUCUUGACUGAUUGUUUCAGUGCAGAUAUGGUCUUUCACGGCUGGAAUAUAAGAUUUUGUGAGGUUUGAGUGUGUUGGUGCUUUGGUGGCCAUGGCCUCCAUGAAUGCAUGUGCCUCAAAAGCACAGCCCCGUCUUGAGGAAAUGAAUUUCUGCCUUUAUAAAUCUGUAAAAGACUAGCGAACAGAAGUUCAAUGAGUAUAACCACUGCAUUGGUGGAGAUGCAAUGUGUAUAACCACUGCAAUAGAGUAUUUUCACAAGAGGUGCCAUUUGCUAAAUUGCGCUCCUACAUGUAAUUCGUUGUCCUAGAAGUAGUGCCCAGUGUUGAGCUGUUUUAUUUGUGAAUUGAGUUGUUGGCUGUUUGUCCUUGAAACCUUCUGUGACUGACACUGAUGUUCAAGGAAGAUGCUUUCAGAAACAGGCAUGAUAUUGUCUGGAGAGUCUGUGUCUGAAGAAUGUUUUAUAUGUUUCUGAUGAUGUCAAAGGCCAUGUGAGGGUGGGGUAUUUAUUUUGUGAACUGUUAAUGGAAAUGGAGAGAGAGGCUGAGAGGAUUCACAAGAACCAACGCAGAGAGGGGAGCAGCGUGAUGGAAAAGUAAUCAUGCAGUUUUGUUCAAUAUUUGUGUUAUCAUUUAUGCAUUUAGGGACACAAGAUUCGUGAGAUGCAGAAACAGACAAAUUAUCCAUGAGUUAUUACAGUUUUGCUCCACUUGUGCCCUUUUUAGUGGAGCCUUUUUCAUGCCUAAAAAUGAUCAAAGUCAUGUCCUAAGGACCUAGGAUGCCCAAUUGUCUCUGCUGUCUUGUUUAACCUGAGGCCUUCCUUUGAAGGACACCUUGGCCACUGUGGAUGAAAACAAAAGAUGCAAGUGUAUGUCAGCCACCAUGGUGAAAGUAUGAUUCAUGCAGGCUACAUAUUCAGCUUAGUCUUUACCUCACAUCACAUCACUGUCUCAGUCUUCCAUUGCGCUCCAAUAUUACUGACUUAGGACUUCUGGUCAGCUGCCGGCGGCCACACCAGAGACUUAUCUUGCCAUUGACGAUGACUGUACUUAUGAAAUUUCUGCUUGUUUUGAAGAGAAACAAAAAUCAGAAAAUGAUGUUUUAUAACUGAAUUUAAAGAUGCUUUAAUAAAUUAUUGUAUUUCAUAAGGUG